AUGGAGCCCGGCGCGGUGACGUCACUUACGCAAGGUGAGAAGUGCAGCGUGGACGUUGGCGGACAGCAUCAGCCUCCUUCAUCUUGUCUCAUCUCCAUCUGGUUGUUUUCACUGCUCACAGUCGGACUCGCUGCUGCUGUACCACAUGGGAAAACACUCGUUUCGCGCUCAGUCGAGCCGUCGCACACCGUUGGCGGUGUUUCUCCAGGAGAGAUUACAAGGAAACAGCUUGCCAAGGGCAGGCAGCUGCUGUUUCCUGCAGCUCUCAGCAGUUUGGGGGGACAACUGCAGGAUGCCAUGGGGGAGAAGUGGCUCAGCGGCUCUGCUGCUGCUGCUUUCGGGCAAAUCCUUCAGGCGGGCCAAAGCCAGGGUGUGUCAUCCCACAGUGGGGAGGGAAGCGACAGCAUUGUGGAUAUGGGAGGCAGGGAGGAGGUGGUGUUCAGCAGGCUCGAGACCAACAUGCAGUUUUCGCGCAGCAAAUUCAGUCGUCUCAAGCUCCAUCCCAAACAAACCCCAACGCUGGGCAAGCGCGUGAAGCCGUUUGCCCACAGGAAAAAACGCAGAGAUCCCAGCCCCACCGAGAUGAGCGUGGAGUCCUGGGCCAGCCCGCAGGACCAGGCAGCCGCUGAGCACGCACACAGCCCACACGCAGCCCCCUCCCUGGACCUGGAGCAGCACCCCGACAAGCUGUGCCUGGACUCGUUCUGGAGUGAGGUUGAGAACAUCCGACAGGGGAGUGGCGACACAGAUCUGGACUGCACCCGGAGAGACUCUAGACAAUCAGAAGAGGGAGAACAGGAGGAGCAGUGGCUGGCUGAUGCAGGUUUAUCCACCCUCAUCAGUGAGGACAGCGAGGAUGUAGAUAAAGCGGUACUGCUGUCCACCCUGACCCGGACGCAGGCCGAGGCCGUGCAGCGUCGACUGGACUCCUACACCUUGUCGCUGCGCAAAAGGAACAAACCGCCACCCCGCGACGUCCGUGACAUCUUCAGCUCCCCCAUUGCUCAGAACCUGUUGCCUGAACCUCAGAAUUGCGAGGGUUUUGCCCACCACAGUAUGGCAUCCAAAACACCACUUUCAGUUUUGACACCAGAGCACCAAAGAGGCGUUCCUAAGGAGGAAUUCCUUAUCACUGAUGUGGCUUACUGCGAACAGGCCGUCAUCUUCCUCAAACAAGCCAAACUGCCACAGAGUAACAACCAGUGCAGGAAAGAAGACGGCACCCUUCCUCGGGUGAUCUGCCCCAAAUGUCGCCUGGGAGUCACUCGUAUUCAUGACCUUUCCCACACCGAUAUGAAGAAAGUGCGUCAGUUGGCUCUCAUCGACAUGACAGCACUGUGUGACCUCUUAGAGGUGGAGGUGAAAAGGCACAAAACUUCGAAGAGGAAAAUCACAGAGAGCUCGCUUUUUGGGGUUCCACUGGCCAUGCUGAUGGAGAACGAUCAGAAGAUGAAGCCGAACAGCUCGACUCCGCUCUUACUGCAGGCACUGUUGUCGUUUCUGGAGAAGAAGGGAGUCGAUUCCGAGGGGAUCCUGCGGGUUCCAGGUUCUCAGUCCAGAAUCAAGCUCCUGCAGCAGAAUUUAGAGACCAACUUCUACUCGGGGCAGAUCAGCUGGGAUGACGUGAGUCCAAACGACGCUGCUGCGCUCCUUAAGAAGUUCAUCCGGGAGCUGCCCUCCCCUCUGCUGACCGCCGAGUACCUCAACACCUUCAGCGCUGUGAGAGACAUCACAGAUCUGAAGCAGAAACUUCACAUGUUAAACCUGCUCAUCCUGCUUCUGCCGGAACCCAACAGGAACACACUGAAGGCUCUGCUCGAGUUUCUCAGUAAGGUGGUUUCCAGAGAAAAGAGGAACCGGAUGAACCUGUGGGCUGUCGCAACCAUCAUGGCCCCCAACCUCUUCCUCCAUAAGGCCGUCCCCAGCAGACUGACCGACGGGGCAGAGAAAGGGCAGGCGGAGAAGGCGGCUGAUGUUAUGAGGCUCCUCAUCCGCUACCAGGACCUGCUCUGGACGGUCCCUAACUUCCUCGUAGGCCAAGUGCGUAGGCUAAAUGAAAACAGCAACCGGCGUUACCAGUUUUAUGAUCGGCGCAUUAAGAACUUGCUGAGGAAGAUCCACACAGACAGCAGAGAAAAACCCGAGAAAAAACGCUUGGAGCCAUGUCGCACAGUGAAGAUCCAGGUUGGAGAUCUGGUGAGCGGCUCCAUGGAGUUUCAGCUCAACAUCAACUCACGGACCUCCGACCUGCUCACCCAGUUUCACCGGCAGUUCAACUGCAGCCCCGAAAACGGAAAAGGCAAAAUGCGAAGAAACGGCUCAGUGGCCUACCCAGACUGCGCACUGUACGAAGUAGGAGGAAACAUUGGCGAACACUGUUUAGAUCCUGACACUCAUCUGCUGGACCUGUUCAACAGUAACCCUGGAGGAGAAUGGGUCAUUAAGGUGAAACCCAGUGCAGGAAGAGGGCUGUGACACGCACCCUGUGGGACUAUUUACAGACAGAUCAAAUAACAGAUCGAGGAACGUGGAUAAAGAGAGAGUCUUACAAUUGAGCCUUUUCUUGUCCUGUGCGUCCUCUGAGCAACAAGCUGGAAGGAAACAGAUGGUGGAAAAGAAAUUGAUAAGUGGGGAAUCUGCCUGGAGUGGAGCGUACAAACUGCCAUCUCCACAUUUCAUUCUGUUCCUCUCCAUCUUCAUCUACUCCUCUCCCAUUGGGAACAUCUUCACUUUCCCCCUUUACUGCAGGGCCGAAUCGCCGCAAGCAAAAAGCUGCUUAUGUGAAUCAUUACUUCCGACAGAGAACCUGCUGCAUAGACAAGAGAAGAGAGGCAGACUGGACAGUUUGCCUCUCUCCAACCACGAGCUAACAGAUGGGGAUGCAGAGCACCUCUGGCUAUACAGAGCCACCCCAUGCCAGCUUCUGCUCCACAUACACAGUCAAUGUUUUCCCUGUUAUAAGUUUAAUCUGACAUUCAAGAACACAAUAUUGUGUUUUUAUUGGACAUAUUCUGAACAGAAUUGGUAUCAACUAACAAACUGAAUUGUGUUCAACUAUGGACCGAAGAGAGCUGAUGAGCAGAUACUGGUAAUCAGGUAAUAAGAUGAGAAACCCAAAAAGGAAAUUCUGGCCGCAGAGUGAAAGUGCAGUUCAUUACUAUUAAAGCAAUAGUUGAAAUGUCUGCAUAAAUGAGGGCACUCAGUUCUUUUUCUCACCCAUUCUUUUGCCUUUGACUUUUCUGCCCUAAAAAGUAAUUGGACAGAAUAUGUACAGAAAACCAUGUAACUUAUUUUUUAAAACGCACCACUGAAAUAGUGGGUAGAGCAGAAGCUAACAUGGAAGCCGUCUUCCUAAACAUCCUCUUAGGCCUGAUCAGUUAGUUAAUCAGCCCCAUCAAUCACUCCCAUCUCUAAUGCAUUGCACUGCAGCUAUAAAGGCGAUGUAAAUAAAGACAGAGGAUCUCUGUCGGCUCCUGUCUUCAUCCGUGCCAUUCAAAGAGGGAAAGAGACCCCAAUGAUCUGACAUGUUUUUAUCUGUGAAACCCAGCCAUCGCUAGGCUUUGCAAGGACCCUGACCCUUACAGAACACCGCUCAAAGAGCACCCAGACCUUUUUUACUAUUGUGUGACGCCAAGGGAUUUGGUGUUUCGACCUCAAGGACAGUCAUACCUCUAAAGGGAGCUGUUAAGGACACACAGUGAAGCUGGUCUUCAGUUGUCGUUUUUUGAACACACGAACGGAGGAAAAAGUGCUGAAGCGACAGAUGGGGCAACACUGGCAUUAUUAUCAUAAUAACUAUUAUUAUUGUUGAUGUUAUUUAUAUGAAUGUAAAACUGUUGUUGCUUCUGUAGUUGAUGAGUGUUGUGUAGGAUAGAAUGUGGAGUUGCUGCGUCCAGUCUAACAGUACGCUCUGUGAAUUUACCCAACGUCUGCGUGGGAAUGUUUGCUUACUCAUGGCUUGAAGCUCAGAUGUUAUUGUUUUUUGUUUUUUUUAUUGAUCUCCUUACAUCUGCUAAUCGGACAUAUUAACUGUGUGUGUAUUGCUCACACACACUCUGCAGCAGGAGAGUCGUGGCCGUGCCGCUUCUCCAAGCUAUUCCAAACACACACAAGCAGCAAAUGAAUGUAUCUAACACUUGGUGCCGAUCGUCAGAUGCGAAUCAUUUGCCUCCUCGCUGCCGGAGCCAUCUUGCUGCGCCGCAGCCAUUUUGUGGGAAGUGUUUCGCACACUCAACUCGAUAGACGGAGUAAUGACGGCGGGCCCCGCACCAACACUUAUCAACACCCUCUGCUCCAUCUCUGUCACCUCCCCAUAAUGGACCAUAAUGGCCGUGCGGCGCAUCAGAAAACACACAGUGGAAUCACAUUUCUCCAAUAAAGCCGACGGUAAUAAAUGGUUGUUAUAAAUCCCGCCGCCCCCCAGACCUGGCGACAGCAGCGCUUCUGUGUGUGCACGCAUCUGCGUGAUGAGCUUCAUUACACAUGUCCAGUCGGUCCGUCCCAGUGUCCCGGGCACAGCUCAGCGCCUCGGCACAAAGCAAGCUGAUGAGACUCCAGCCUUCUGCCGACAGUCAGGAGAACUAGGUCACCCCCGCGGCCGCUUCCCAGAGGGCGAGCAGCGUGAGUCCAAACACCCCGGGGAGCCGAGCACAUGGACAGGAAACGCGGCAUGAUACGGCCUAAUCUACUGGCUCAGUUUGUGUUUGUACAUAUGUGAACGUGUGUGUGAGAAAGCGGACGUUACCUGCGGGGAGUCUCUCUGAAACAGUGUUAUCUUUAUAAAUGGGAGUGUUGUGAUACUGAAUGAUGGACAUUUUACAGAAACUUUUGUUUACUUGCUGUGAUCAAAGUGUGGACCUCUUAAUGGCGAAGAUUUUAAACAUCAGACUGAAUGUAUAUUUAAGCCCUUUACACAAGUCGUUGUUUUAAUACUUUUUCUGUAGAAAAAGACACUUUUGAAAAUGUUUCCUUUUUUGUCAAUAAAUGUGACGCUAAUGUGCA